UUCCGAAGUUGCUGUCUGAGAGGAGGCAUCGGGAAGAGGAGGCCGGUCGCUCUAACGUUCCUCAGGAAAGCGACUUCAAUGAAAUGAGAAGGCUUCUCUACCCAAGGACAUACAGCCAAGAACAGCCGCCGAGAAGCUGUUUUCCUUCUUUUCUCCCCCAACUCCUCCUGGAGUUGAACAGUUCUCGUUUCUGGCAUGCGUCUCAUCUCUCAGGAUACUAUGUCACAGUAUUCUACUAACUUUCUCUUGCUCCCCAUACCAGAGUAUCCUGUGCUAGACUGCGUGCCCAACAAAAUCAUCAAGCUCGUGGUACUGGGUGGCAGUAGCGUUGGCAAGACAGCCCUGGUUGUGCGCUUUCUCACGAAGAGAUUUAUUGGAGACUAUGAAGCCAAUACUGGUGCUUUGUAUUCAAGAAAGUUCACCAUAGAUGGGGAACAGAUCUCUCUACAGGUGCAGGACACUCCCUUUGUUUCCUUGGAGGACGACACUGACAGCAUCUGCUGCCAAGAGCAGAUAAACCGUUCAAUCUACUGGGCAGAUGGCUUCGUUUUUGUUUACUCCAUCACAGACUAUGAGAGCUACCGAGUCAUCCGUCCCCUGCACCAGCACAUCCGGAAGAUUCACCCGAAUGCUAACAUUCCCCUGCUUCUGAUGGCGAACAAAGGAGACCUUCUGCGAGCCAGGCAGGUGUCCUCCAAGGAAGGGCUCCAGCUGGCCAGUGAACUGGGAGGUACUUACUACGAAGUCUCAGCCCGGGAGAACUGUGAGGGAGUGCACGAAGCCUUCCAGCAGCUUUGUCAGGAGGUCAGCAGGAUGAUUGGGAGCUGCAACGGAGAGAAACGAAGAGGCCUCCACCUUGUCCGACCCAAGUCUCCAAAUAUGCAGGACUUAAAGAGACGUUUGAAACAGGCCCUCACUUCCAAAGGGAAAUCUGCCACUACGCUUUGAUGUAGCCAACAGAAAUUGUUUUCCACAGACCUGAAAAAAAGGAAA